AUGAAGCUUGGGGUGCCUUCAGCACCCCAAAGGCUGGUGACACAAACACUCCUCUUCCUGGCUUUCCUGAACCGCCGCUCCCUGCAGAGACCCCUGGCGGCCGAUGGCGAAGGGAUGAGCGGGGAUGACGGGCACCAAGGGAGCCCUGGGCUCAUCCAAUGUGGAGAAUACAGCAACCAGGUCCUGCCCAAUGGCAGGUGCAAGAUCAUUGCCACCUUGCCACAACUGGACCAGCAGAGGUGCCCCGACAUGUUCCGUUGCACGGACGAGGUCUCCUACUGGCUCCACGAGAACGAGGAGAGGAAGCAGCAGAUCCUGGAGCUGCGGGAACUCAUCUCAGAGCUCCAGGAGGAGCUGAGGAACCACCGUCACCGCAUCAAGAUUUUGGAGCUGCAGCAUGAAGAGAAGUCCAGCCGCAACGCCACCGUGGAGCAGCGCGUUCAGGAGCUGGAGCAGCACUACCACGAGGCCAGCGCCCUGCAGCACAUGCAGGCCACGCUCCUGUACGACAUGCAGGCCCAGGUCCACAAUGUCUCCCUGCUGAUGGACUGGGUGCGGCACAACCCAGGCUGCCUGGUCCCGGUGGAGAUGCGGCUCCAGCAUGAGAUGCACUACCCAGAUGUGAAGCAUGCCAAGAACUGCCCCAUCGAUUGUGCCUCCAUAUACUACAACGGGGUCCGGCGGUCGGGCAUCUAUAGCAUCAUGCCAUCCGAUGGAGGUUUGCCCAUUGAAGUGCUGUGCGAGAUGGAUGUGGAAGGUGGAGGCUGGACCGUCAUCCAGCGGCGUCAGGACGGCACGGUCAACUUCAACCGGACGUGGAACGAGUACAAAGACGGCUUUGGGGAGCUGAGCAGUGAAUUCUGGAUGGGCAACGAAAACAUUCACAAGAUCACCAGCCAAGGGGACUACUCCCUCCGCAUCGACCUGGAAGACUGGAACAAUAAGCACAAACAUGCCUUUUACCAGCUGUUCAGCAUUGAGAACGAGGUGAAUUACUACCGCCUCCACGUGGAGGGCUUCAGUGGGACGGUGGAGGAUUCCUUCGCCUGGUACCACAACAAGAGGAGCUUCAGCACGCCCGACUCGGGGAAUAUCUGCGCCGCCAUCUCCCACGGAGGCUGGUGGUACCACCAGUGCUUCUUCUCCAACCUCAACGGCGUUUACUACAAAGGUGGAAGAUACUCUCUGAAGAACCGCAAGAUUCUUGGCCCCGAUGGAGUGGUCUGGUACACGUGGAAGGACACCGAUUAUUACUCCCUGAAGAAAGUCACAAUGAUGAUCCGCCCCCGCACGUUCCGCCCCCACCUCUCUCCGUGA